AUGAAGAGACAGAAUGAGACCAGAGUUUCUGAAUUCCUGCUCCAGGGUCUCCCUAUACCACCAGAACAACAGGGCUGGUUCUUGAUGCUCUUCCUGGCCAUAUACCUGACCACCGUGUUGGGGAACCUGAUCAUCGUCCUGCUCAUCAGGAUAGACUCUCGUCUCCACACCCCCAUGUACUUCUUCCUCAGUGUCUUGGCCUCCAAUGAUGUGACUUUAUCAUCUGUCACCGUGCCCAAAAUGUUGGUGGACAUGCAGAGUAAUCACAAGUCCAUCUCAUAUUCAUGGUGUAUUUCUCAGGAAUAUUUUUUAAUAUUUUUUGCUUGUAUUGACAAUUUCCUUCUUGCAGUGAUGGCCUAUGACAGGUAUGUAGCCAUCUGUCAGCCACUCCACUACACAAUGAUCAUGAGGGAGGAGCGAUGCAUCUCAUUAGUAGCUUGGUGUGUGUUCUUCAGUUUUUUACACUCUCUGAUAAAUGCUCUUCUCUUGAACCAAGUUGAAUCACCACAGAAUGAGACCAGAGUUUCUGAAUUCCUCCUCCAGGGUCUCCCUGUACCACCAGAACAACAGGGCUGGUUCUUGAUGCUCUUCCUGGUCAUAUACCUGACUACUGUGUUGGGGAACCUGCUCAUCGUCCUGCUCAUCAGGAUAGACUCUCGUCUCCACACCCUCAUGUACUUCUUCCUCAGUGUACUGGCUUUCAAUGACAUGUGUUUCUCGUCUGUCACGGUGCCCAAAAUGUUGGAGGACAUGCAAAGUAAUCAGAAGUCCAUCUCUUAUUCAGGGUGCAUUUCUCAGGUAUAUUUUUUAAUAUUUUUUGCUUGUACUGAAAAUAUCAUUCUUGCAGUGAUGGCCUAUGACAGGUAUGUAGCCAUCUGUCAGCCACUCCACUACACAAUGAUCAUGAGGGAGGAGCGAUGCAUCUCAUUCGUAGCUUGGUGCAUGUUCCUCAGUUUUUUACACUCUCUGAUAAAUGCUCUUCUCUUGAACCAAGUGUCCUUCUGUGGUGAUGUUACAAUCCCCCACUUCUUCUGUGAACUCACUGCCGUGCUGGAGGUAAGCUGCUCAGAUACAUCACUCAAUAAACUGGUCAUAUUCAUUGAGGGAGGAAUGAUUGUAGGUAUUCCAUUCACUUUUAUCAUGGGAUCAUAUAUCUGCAUAUGGGCCACUGUCCUAAAAAAUCCUUCUGCUAAGAAAUUCUUCAAAGUCCUCUCUACCUGUGGUUCCCAUCUCCUAGUUGUAGCUUUAUUCUACGGGACCAUUGCAGAAGUGUACUUAUUCUCCUCACCAUCCAUGUCCAGUGCUAAAGAAAUAGCUGCUUCUGUGAUGUAUAUGAUAGUCACCCCCAUGAUGAACCCUUUCAUCUACAGCCUGAGAAACAGAGAUAUAAAACAAGCACUAAACUUGUUUGCUGUUAAGGUGAUGUUCUUAUGGACUCAUACCAGUUCUGAGAACCUCUGCAUUGCCAUGGAGAGCAGUUUAUGGUCAGGCUCAUCUCCAGUGAAAAAUAACUGGCACUCUCCUGCUCCCAGAAUUAUUGGAGGUGACCCCCAUAAUAAAUGCAUGGGUUAA